CCUCUGGCUGGCCGACCCAAUGAACCCCGAAAUUGGACAUACUAGCAUGGCAGCUUAUUCGGGAGGCAUUGGCAUUGGCGGCGCCAACGCGGGAAUGGACAUAUGCCUGCUGGUGCGUUUGGCAGUGGUGGUAACAGCGGGCGUUGUGGAAGAUGGAGUCUGCAGCACGUGUUGCAUGGGCACGACGCGGCAGUGUUGGAUGUGUCUAUCAAUUCUGACCACGAUACAGUAGCUAGCGCUUCGGCCGAUGGGACAAUGAUACUGUGGGCGGCCCGGAGCGGGCAGUACCUGCGCACCCUGAUACCAGUGCCAGCUGACGGGGUGUGUGUCGACGACAGCAUUCCGGCGAUCGCUGGGCAGCUGGAGCGGUAUUCCCGAAUCGAGCGUGUGCUGGUGAGUUCUGCGGGGCUAGUGCUAUGCUACAGCGUCUCUGGAUCGGCCAAUGUUAGGAGAACAGGGACAAGCUUGAUCCGGCACGAGUAUCAAGCCAGGACACCAACAGUUGUGCUAGUGCUGGGGUAGUGGCGAUGAUUCAAGCGAUACGAAUGCAGCGAGGUCGCGGCAUUGCAUGUGUACAACCUCAAUGGGAGGCACCUGCGCACGCGCAAGCUGGUGCACCAUCUUCGCGACAUUGCAGUGACAAGGGAUGGCCGGUAUGGUGCGUGUGUGAGCUCGGACUCCCGCGUAGCGGUGUUCGACUGGCAGACGCUGGGAGUUGUUCGGCAGUUUGAACUUCCGCGUGUGGGUGCUCUGUUGCGUGGAGUG